AUGCGUAUGUGCGUAGAUCACAUAGCAAAGAUACACUUUAGAUUAUUUUUCCGUUCUGCUAAUAUCAUGAAGAAUAGAUUACUAAAAACAGGUCAAGCACUACGGAUUAAAGAUUCACAUGUUACAAGUGCAAUAGGUUCACAGUUAACAGUACUUUAUAAUAGAGAAUUUCAAAUAUCACAAACUUUUAACUCAAACGAAAUAUUUAUUGGUCAAUGUUAA